UCCGCCAUCUUGGUUUGAUUUUACUUCUGGUUGACAAAAAAUAUUUUCACGAAAACAAACUACGAAUGUAAAAGAUCAUUUAUAUUAGAUAAACCCAAUGGUAAUACUGUGUUAAAGAUAAAGGAAUCAAGAUGAGCUGGGAGCCAUUUUUAAGGGAUAAACUGCGAAUGUACCCACAUCAAGAGAUGUGUAAAAGGCAGAUCCUUGCAGCAAUGGCAGUGUACAAAGACCUACGACCAUCAACAGAAAAAUUUGUUCACAAUGAUGGUAGACAAACUGAUUUAUUCAUUCUUGAGGGAACAAUUCCAGUUAACUUUAGGAGUAACAUCUACAAUAUUCCAGUGUGUAUAUUUCUUCAAGAGACACACCCAUUCAUUCCACCUAUGGUAUUUGUCCGUCCAACGACUGGAAUGGCGAUAAAAGUGUCCAAACAUGUUGAUAACUCAGGAAAAGUCUUUCUGCCAUAUUUGGCAGAAUGGACUCAUCCAGGAUCAGAUUUAACAUCUCUUAUUCAAAUAUUAUGCUGCAUAUUUGCUGAAGAACCGCCAGUAUAUUCAAGACCAGUAGGUUAUCACCCACAACAACAACAACAACAACAACAACGGACAGAUUAUCGUCAACAGUUUGGAAUGGGAUAUUCCCUUUCAAAUACCCCACCCUACCCACCUGGAAACAGUCCCCGUAUGCCGUCACCUAUGUCAAUGCCAAUGCCAGCAGAUGCUGGACAAAGACCAAGCUACCAAACACCUUACCCACCAACCUCCUCCAACAGUAGUUCAUUCUCUGUACCAACAAUGCCUUACCCAUCCCCUGGUGGGGGCUAUCCCCCUGUGUCUCAGUCUACCCCUUCAAGCACAUCCUCUCAAAGGACAAGUCAAAAUCUUCUGCAAACUCAGAGUAGUAUCUCUGAAGAUCAAAUCAAACGUUCCUUGAUCUCUGCUGUUGAAGACAAGCUUAGGAGAAGUUUGAAAGCUACUAUUGAACAAGCACAGAUUGAAUUAGAUGAACUGGACAGAACUCAACAACAGUUGAAGCAAGGCAGUAAUAAACUAGAAGAUAUGAUAAGAAGUCUAGAAAAGGAACAGUCUGAUGUAGAAAACAACAUUAAAGUUUUGACUCAGAAGAAUGAAGAAAUAUCUGGCGUUAUUUCCAAGCUUGAAGGAGAAUCAGAAAACUUGAAUAUUGAUGAUGCUGUAGUAACAACAGCUCCACUCUAUAAUCAGAUACUUAGCUUAUUUGCAGAGGAAAAUGCAGUGGAGGAUACGAUUUACUAUUUGAGUGAAUCCCUCAGGAAAGAAGCAAUAAGUUCAGAGGUUUUUCUUAAACAAGUCCGAACUCUCUCUCGCAAGCAGUUCAUGCUCAGGGCAUUGCUGCACAAGGCAAGGAAGACUGCAGGACUCAGUGAUUUGGCAGUUUCAUAAACACAGCUGCUGUAGCCAUCGCUGUAGCCAACUUGUUACUGGGAUGCCUGUGGGGACUUUUUCCUCAAUAGACCACCAACCACAGGUAUCCCAGUAAAUGCCCAUAAGGCGUCUUGUAAAAUAAUUUAGCCCCUCUAGACUAAUUCAUAGUGAAUAGAAUUCUAUUCCAUUUGCAGCACAGUAGUUACACCAAAAAUAUAAAGAUAACAUCACCUAUCUAUAAGCCUGCAUGAAGCCCAACCUUAUUAUAACUCUGGCUUGAGAGUUGAAGUUAAGUUAACCAGAGUUUGGGUUGGUCAGUACACUGGCUAAAGUGAUAUUUGAAGGAUAAAUAAAAGAUUCAUUUUUGUUCAAAUUUUACUGGGAAGAGAACUACUAUACACUUGGUAGCUCUGUCUAAAAUGACGGGAAAAACAUGUUGUUACUUCGUAUUUGUUGUUUGGCUUCGCACAAAAGACCUACUUAGCUUGGGUGUAAUGUUUUCCCAUUUCAGACCACAUGUCAUUCCCUAGAGUAUUAUUUCUUUGUUUAAUGUUUGCAAAUGAGAAGACACAUGAAUAUAGAUACAACUCAAACAAAGAAUCUUAUUCUCAAGGGAAUGACACGUGGUCUGAAAUAGGAAAACAUUAUGCCGUAACCGAUGAGGUCUGUUUCACAUUUCUCAAAUUCAACUUGACCUAUAGUAGAUAGUAAAAUAUAAAAAAUAUAGUCAAUUCUGAUGGUUGUUUUAUUGUGUUUAUGUACAUUAUUAGACUUCAUUAAAAAUAACAAAUUCAUCGCUUAA